CCACAUAAUGACAGACCUGCUCUGUAUUAAAGGACCCUGCCCAUGCGUCCUCUCCCUGUCACCUCCCUCCCCAUGGGCCUUUAUAAGCCUCUCAUACAGAGGGGGCACUACUUGCAAAAAAAGAGGCUGAGCAUCUGGAAGGCUAACAAGUUAGCAUAGACAUAGUCAACAUAGCCACCUAUUUACACAGCGACAUCGAUCUCUUUUCUGAACACCAACCAUGGACAACCAUUCGUACAACUUCCCUUCUGACUGCACCCCGCUCACCAACUGCAAGUCUGCGCGUAAGCCAGCUGGAUCCACCGUGGUGAACAUGGGCAACUCCGGCAAGAAUCCUCCCCGGGACUAUCUAGUCUGGUCGCUGUGCAACACCUUGUACGUUAACUUCUGCUGCCUGGGUCAUGCGCUCAUCUACUCCAUCAAGGCCAGGGACCAGAAGACUCAGGGCAACCUGCAGAUGGCCCAGGAGUGUUCGGACAAAGCCAAAUGGUACAACAUCCUGGCAGCCGGCUGGAACAUGCUGAUUCCACUUCUGGCCAUCGUCCUGCUCGUCCUCCUGCUCGUCCACCUCGGCUCGUCUCAGGGCUCCUUACUUCUUUGGGAAGAUGGCUUCCAAAGCUUCAUGAAGCUGUUCAGCUGGUAGAUGAAGGCAGGACAGAUCUCGAAUUCAGUACAUUCACACUAACUGGAGGGCAUUUGAUUUGAUUCAGAAGAUGAAGUCUUAAUGCUCCUUUUCUACAUGGGAGUUAGGACUCUACUCAUCACUAAAAUAUUACUAAUUGGUGAGAAGGAAAAGUAAGCACUGGUUUAUGUAUUAUAAGACUGUCCUCUUACGAAUGCGCAAUCAACUAGUCGAUGAAUACAGGAGUUAAAUAGGGAAAUACAACCAGUAUUUGAGAGUUACACAUAAAAAGCAAUGAUUUUUGGAUUCGAAAACUGUUAGCAAAUGUUUAGAUUAUUCAGUAAUAGCAAUUUGGUACUUGGGAUCUGACAUGACAGUAUUGAUGCCUUCCUAGUUAUAACGUCAGCAUUAGUGGGAAAUGGUUAUUGAGAUGUGAAGUUGGUCAAAGACUGAACAAGCCCAAAAUGGAAAAUAUGUGAUAUAAUAAAGAUGGAAAAGACUAGAGGUGAAGUGAGGUUAGGAGACUGAGCAAGCAGCUACUCUGCUUCACUAUUGUUGUUAUUUAUUGUAUUUAUGUUGAGUGGAACUUGAAUGACAGCUAUCUUAAGUCAUGGUAGACAGAGAAAGAACAGAGAGAACAGAAAACUGUGGAGCCAAAGUCUGAACGCCGUAAUGAUGAGAAGCCACUUACAAAGGACAAUCAACAUUCACCUCCCACCGAUAGCCAUUUAUUUUCACCUUUCAGUGGUUUUAAAUGUUAUUACUGUUACAACAUACAUCUAUUUUUGUCAUUAUUCAUGUAUUUUUACUAGCAUUUUGUUAAGUUUUUUGAUUUUUCAUUAUCUUACUGUAAGCCUCUUGUAAGUGAGCUAAAUA